AUUUUAUUUGUAUGUGGAACCUGCACCCUGUAAUAUGCUGAAGAGUUUUGUGUGUGUUAGCCCAGAAGAGAGCUUUAAAAUGUGCUGGAUAGUGCAAUUAGUAUACACGUAGGACUGUCACUGUUUGGUCUUACAGUAGGAUGUUAUUAAUUAAUUGAAUGGCAUGAUGGUUCCUACCUAGCCCAUUAUUCAUUUUCACCUAUUGAUUAUGUGUUUCAGAAAACAUGCACUGACAGUACAGUUACAGCUAUGCAUCCCAUUUAUAUACAGUAAGUGUUCUUGUAUCUGUGAGAACUACAUCAGGUGUACACAAACACUGUUAUUGCAAAAAACACCACCUUAUGUCCAGAAUGAACAGGUUUCUCUCUAAGCACACCAUGCCCAGAUGCGUUGUAUGAAUACUGUCAUGAAAGUGCGCUGCUAUGAGUGGCUUUGUGCUGCUGGUCACAGUGCCUGUUUUCAAUGCUUUUAUUUUUAAGUUUAUUUAUUUAUAUUUUUAUUCAAACUGUACAUUAAAGCCAACAAAGUAAUUUAAUAGUCUGGUGAGUAACAUUGUGACCACUACUGAUCACAGAAAGUUGUAUGAAUCAUUGGAAAUCUAAUUAAAAAAAAAUGAGUGAUCAUAUUCACAUAAAAAAAAGACAAAGUCAUGGCUGAUAGUUUAUUACACUGCUUGAAGAAGGUCCUUUAUUGAUUUAUUAUAAUUUUACAAUCGUAAUAGUUACACUUAACUAUUUUCCUAUUAUAUUUUGGCGAAAACUGGUCACCGUUUUUGUAAAGGAUUUUUAUUUUUGAAAUGUAUUCAGCUUUCUUAAAAGUGUUUCUUUUAAAGCUUUUAAUCUCCAGCACGAACGACGACUACCCCUUGUAUUUUGGGGGUGACGUUGUUCAGGCAGGUGCCCAGUGUUUCUUUUUGAGCGCCAAUGACCUUGGAGACGCGUUCAUGUUUCCAUAGUAAUCAUAAACUUUGUUAGACUCCAUUCCUAUGGGUGAAGGCCACAUUAAAUAUCACUAAGCACAAAAGGCGUCUUAUCAGUAAUGUCUCUCUUGUCUCGUUUAUCGACGUAAAGGCAUCCCUGAAUCUAGUAAUUAAUGUAUUAGUUUUGAGCAUUAGUGCAUAAAGAUGGAUAACCAGAGACGUAAGGUCGGCCAAACCAGCACAAACAUUGGACACGUGUAUUCGCAACCUCUGCCGUUUUAUAUUAACACUUGUAAGAAUGCCCCUCUUCCACCAGUCCUCACUCGUCAGAACAGAGUGCCCGCCUCUGCUCACUUCUCUCUCACCUCACACACGGAGCAUGACAGAAAGCCUCUAAAUGGACCACUGUACAAUGAGAUCCACUCAAAAGCCCCUGCGCACUGGACCACACACUUCCUCAAUGAGCUGGCCCACAAGCUCAGAGACCGCCUAACAGAUAGGGUUGUCUCUAAACCCAUCAGUGAAAUGCAGGACCACUACAGAGGUCAGUCAGCAACACAAGAACUACUGGGUGAUUACCAGAGCAUGAUGCAGGCACUAUACAGACAGCUGGAUACAUCUCAGGAGCUUGUGCGACAGCCAGUCCGUAGCACAACCAAGACUGACUUUAAGCACUUUAGCAGGUCUGAUUUGACUCCUUGCUCUGCCAUGGAUGCAGCUAGCUUUAAUGGAACCCUUACCAAGAGUGGAGCUCACAGCCGACUUCCUGCUCUGAAAGCUCCAUCCACUUUAUCAUGUCAACCCCAGCUGCCUCGUCUACCUUUGCCUUUGCCCCACAGGGGUAGAAGUAGUCUGUAUAUGGACAGUUUUACUGUACCUGUGCCUCCCCCAACAUUGCCUCCCCCCAAUACUGCACAAAUUGGGGUGAAACACCAAGAAGAUGGUGGUAGUGGUGUGUUACUGGGAACUCUGGGUGUGCCUAAAAUGUAUAGUACAGAAAAUCAGGUAUAUGGAGGAAACAAAAUGUUUAUAGUGUAAGAAAAUAGACAAAAUAUUGUGGAUGUUUGGAUUUUAAGGCCUGCUAUAAUUAAUUUCAAAAAUAUGUUCUCAUCAGUGUUGUUCGAUUGUCAUUCUUUUGUCACUCAGAGGUUCAGUAAUAAAUGGAGAACAAAAACAUA